AUGAACAGUACACAACGUGUUGAGAGCAUUAAUGGUGUAUUAAAAGCUGAAAUUAGUGCACGAACAACACUUAUAAAAUUGGUAGAAAAUGUUGAAAAGCAGAUUGAAAAUGAAGCUAAACAUCAAUGUGAAUCUAAAUAUCAAAAUCAGCUUCCAUCUGUUGGUUUAUCCAUGAUCCACAAUACAUUUUUUUUUAAAAUUGAUGAAGCUUUGAACAAGCAUUUAACUCUUGAAGCACUUGCCUGUCAAAGACUUCAAAUAAAUCAAUCUUGUCUUUAUCGCCUAUAUCAAAUUAACCUUUUAACUCUUAGCCAAAAUGGUUAUUCAGAAUAUACAUCUGGAUUUAUCAAAAAUGAUUAUCAAGAAA